AUGUUCAAUAUAAACAUUGAUUGUAUCAAUAAUCAAUCUGAUAAUAAAAAACAAGAACAACAAGUUCGUCUAUCGAGUCAUUCAUUGUCAUCGAUCGAUGGUAAUAAUCGUUUUUCUCCACCGACAACAACAAGAACUUCAUCAACAUCUUCUCAUGAUGAUACUCAUCUAUCGUCACCAUCGAAUAAAUUACUUAUUUCUUCAUCAUCACCAUUAUCAAUAGCCAAACCAAAACGUCAUAGAACACGCUUUACACCAGCACAACUCAAUGAACUGGAAAGAUCAUUUAAUAAGACACAUUAUCCAGAUAUUUUUAUGCGAGAAGAAUUAGCUGUACGAAUUAGUUUAACAGAAUCUCGAGUUCAGGUUUGGUUUCAAAAUCGUCGAGCUAAAUGGAAAAAACGAAAGAAAACAACAAAUGUUUUUCGUCAACAUCAUCAAUCACAACAUCCUCAAUCAUUAAAUCCAUAUGGAUGUUUAAUAAAUUCAACCCUUGAUGGACAAUCUUCAAUAUCACAAACUGAUCAUCAUUAUGUCAAAUGGCCUAUUAAUAAUAAUAAUUGCAAUCAAUUUUCAUUUUCAUCAGCAAAUUUUGCUCCGAUCGAUCAAUCAUUAGCUCCACAUUUUUAUUCAUCGAGUGCAAUGGCUGAUUAUGUUAGUUUACCUCAACCACCGGGACCACCAACUUCACUCUUUUCAACUGCAUUACCAUCAAUAAUCAAUAUUGAUCCACUUAAUUCAUGUUCAUCAGGUUCAUCAUAUAAUUUAUCAUUUCCUCCAUCAUCUACAACAUUUACAAGUGAUGUUAUAACCAAUGAUAAUGAUGAUAUUUGGCGUGGUUCAAGUAUUGCUUCACUACGACGUAAAGCUGUCGAAUAUCAAGCAGGAAGCACUGACAAUUACAAAUAA